AUGGGUUUAUUCAGCGUCACGAAGAUCUUGAGUGUCGCGUUCCUUGGCUUCAUGUUCCACAACUUCUACGGGUUGUACCGUCUGUUCACACCGGAAUUGUGUUCGGACCAAGACGUUUUCGAGCAUUGUUAUACGCCCUUCCUCAAGCCCAAUUCUGAUGGGAUUUUCGAUUUGGUGCAACUUCGGGUGUACGUUUCACCAAAAAAAGAUCAACUCGGCCAAUUGGUGGCCACAUUUGAGGAUCUUCAGAUCGCCGACGCUUCCAAGAAAACGAUUCCUGUCAAGAUUCCGGCUUCUGUUGGUACUGACGGCUUCCUCUUCGCCCACGUCAUUCUUCUUCCCCAUGACUUCAAAGCUGUGAAUCCGAUGGCGUCGGCUUGGCGGGUUCACGCCGCUUCGCAGAUGAUCGUCUUCCAGGAGCCGGUCGCAAAAACGUUCCAGCUUCUCUCCGAUGAGAAGGCGCCGACGAGGAAGUCGAAGGUCGUCGAGAUCGCCGCGCAUUUCCGAAGUGUGCUUCCGAUUCGGAUUGCCGUCGACUCGUCGAAAUUCAAAAAGGCGAAAGUGAGCGGCGAACUUCGCGAGUUUCUCACGAUACGCGACAAUCAUCAAUAUCUUCCGAUGAUGUUCAUUGAUGAGAUGAGUAUGCGCUCGAAGAAUCUCGUCGAGUUGCCCGACUCGCCGAAAGAGCCGAUGAAUCUGACGAUCGAUUACGAACCGACGAGCGUCGCCAAACUUCUUCUCCUCACCUCGUCGGCCAGAAGCAUCUAUCAGCUGACGAAUCACGGAUUCAAAGACAAAGACAUCGACGAGGUGCGCGGAUUGUUCACCGAGACUUCCAUUGUCCUCCUCAUGGUCACCUUCGGCGUCUCCACUCUUCAUCUAUUGUUCGAUGCAUUGGCCUUCAAGAAUGAUAUCGCAUUCUGGAAAGAUCGAAAAUCCAUGGUUGGAUUAUCGUCGACAUCGCUUAUAUGGAGAUGCUUCUCUCAAACCAUUAUAUUCUUCUACCUCUACGACCAGGAUACCAGCUUAUUGGUUCUGAUACCGUCAGGAAUCUCCACGGUCAUCGAAUUUUGGAAAUUGACUAUUGCUUAUAAGAUGACAUUCUCGCUGAAAUCGGGAAUCAAAUUUGGGAAGCACACAGCCGAGGAGAACGAGACGGACUCGUUCGACGGUCAAGCCAUGAAAUACUUGUCAUACGUUCUGAUGCCGUUGGUGAUCGGCGGCGCCAUCUACAGCCUCUUCUACGUGCCGCACAAAUCAUGGCGAAGCUGGAUGCUGGAGACGUCGGCGAACGGCGUCUACGCGUUCGGCUUCCUAUUCAUGCUGCCGCAAUUGUUCGUGAACUACAAACUCAAGAGUGUUGCCCAUUUGCCGUGGCGAGCAUUCAUGUACAAGGCGUUCAACACGUUCAUCGACGAUUUGUUCGCGUUCAUCAUCACAAUGCCAACAGCCCAUCGGAUGGCGUGUUUUAGAGAUGAUAUCGUAUUUCUUGUAUAUUUGUACCAGCGAUGGCUCUAUCCGGUGGAUUACACGAGAGUUAACGAAUUUGGAGAAUCUGGAGCCGAAACUGAAGCGAAGAAGGCGAAGAAACAGAAAAUCACAUAA